GGCCCGGCGCGCAUCUGGGUGCAGCAGGAGGCGAUCCAGCGCGAGAUCGGGUACAUCUUCCGCAAGUUCCUGCGCGACUUUGCCGACGAGACCACCGGCGAGCUGCUCUACAAGCAGCGCAUGCGCGACAUGUGCACCAGCAACAAGCAGAGCCUGGAGGUGGACUGGCGGCACCUGGUGAGCUGGAGCGUGAAGCUGGCGAUGGCGGUGGUGGACGCCCCCAAGGUGGUCCUGGACAUCCUGCAUGCGACCGCCAAGGAGGUCGUCCUGGAGGACUUCCCGGAGUUUGGCAACAUCCACCAGGACGUCUUUGUGCGCUUCCCCGAGCUCUCCUUCGUGUCGGCUGGGCUGCGCAGGCAGGCGCACCUGAACAAGCUGGUGUGCACGGCGGGCGUGGUGACACGGCGCACGGGGGUCUUCCCGCAGCUGCAGCGCAUCAAGUUUGACUGCGGCCGCUGCGGCUACGUCCUGGGGCCCUUCUUCCAGAACACGGGCGAGGCCGAGAUCAAGCCCAACUCGUGCCCCCAGUGCCAGGGCAAGGGGCCCUUCCCGGUGAACGUGCAGGAGACGAUCUACCGCAACUACCAGAAGAUCACGCUGCAGGAGUCGCCCGGGUCGGUGCAGGCCGGCCGCCUGCCGCGCCACAAGGACGUCAUCCUGCUCCACGACCUCAUCGACCAGGCCCGCCCCGGCGAAGAAAUCACCCUCGUCGGCACGUACACCAACGCGUUUGACGUGGGCCUCAACAUCAAGAACGGCUUCCCGGUGUUCACGACGGUGAUCGACGCCAACUACAUCAACAAGCAGGAGGACCGCUUCGCCGCCUUCAAGCUCACCGACGAGGACAAGCAGGAGCUGCACCGCCUAGCGCGCGACCCCCGCAUCGCCGAGCGCAUCUGCAAGAGUAUCGCGCCGUCGAUUUACGGGCACCGCAACAUCAAGACGGCCAUCGCACUGGCGCUGUUUGGCGGCCAGGAGAAGCACCCCUCCGGCUCGCACCGCCUGCGUGGCGACAUCAACGUGCUGCUGCUGGGAGACCCUGGCGUCGCCAAAUCCCAGUUCCUCAAGUACGUCGAGAAAGUCUCGCAGCGCGCCGUCUACACCACCGGCAAGGGCGCGAGUGCGGUGGGGCUGACGGCGGCGGUGCAGAAGGACCCGGUGACGCGCGAGUGGACGCUGGAGGGCGGCGCGCUGGUGCUGGCCGACAAGGGCAUCUGCCUCAUUGACGAAUUCGACAAGAUGAACGAGCAGGACCGCGUCUCCAUCCACGAGGCGAUGGAGCAGCAGAGCAUUUCCAUCUCCAAGGCGGGCAUCGUGACGUCGCUGCAGGCGCGCUGCUCCGUGAUCGCGGCCGCCAACCCGGACGGCGGCCGCUACGACGCCUCCCGAACCUUCGCCGAAAACGUCGCCCUCCCCGACCCCAUCCUGUCCCGGUUUGACAUCCUGUGCGUGGUCAAGGAUGUGGUGGACCCGGUGUCCGACGGCAGGCUGGCCGACUUUGUGGUGUCCUCCCACAGCCGAUCCCACCCCAACGCCCAGGCACGCCCCCUUUUUCCCCUAAUAACCUUCAUUUGCGAGCAGGACCCGGACAUCAUCGAGCAGGAGACGCUGAAGAAGUACAUUGCGUACGCCAAGCAGAACUGCCACCCCAAGCUGCAGAACGCCGACUACGACAAGAUCGCCCAGGUGUAUGCGGAGCUGCGGCGGGAGAGCGGGGUGAGCCAGGGGAUGCCGAUAGCGGUGCGCCACCUGGAGUCCAUCAUCCGCAUGAGCGAGGCUCACGCCGCCAUGCACCUGCGCGAGUACGUGCAGGAGCAGGACAUCGACACUGCCAUCAGGGUGCUGCUGGAGAGCUUCAUCAGCACGCAGAAGCUGAGCGUGCAGAAGACGCUGCAGCGCAAGUUCAAGCGCUUUGUCAGCCACCAGCGCGACUUCCAGGAGCUCCUGCUGAGCGUGCUGCAGGGCCUCGUGCGCGAGCAGCUGCGCUACGAGGCCAUGAACGGCGCCCCGCCCGCCGCCGAAGCAUUCGUCUCCGUCCCCAUCGGGACACUGGAGGAGCGGGCCAGGGAGUACAACAUCACGAGCCUGCAGGCGCUGUUCGAGAGCAGCGCAUUCAUGAGCGCUGGCUUCCAGGUGGACAGAGAACUCAACGCCAUCAAACUGCCGCGCUGA